AUGUUGAAAGCUGGAUCUCCAGUCAAGCCUUCUAUCCAUCUUGCUUCAUCCUCAGACAAUCAAUUUAAACCUUUACAGAUACAAGGACAAUCUAAACCUAUUCCAAUAGAAGGGCCAGAAGACUGGACUGAGGGAAAUGAAGAGGAGCAGCUAGAUUAUGAGCUAUCUGCAGAUGACCAGAAUGCACUCCUUGAAACAGGAGAACAGGAAGACUAG